AUGGAAUCAUCAUCAUCUUCUACGAUUGGGAUACAGGGGACAUGGAGUCUUGGUACAUGGAAUAACACGGAGAUGGUGUGUCAAGAACAACCAGGUUUUUUGGAAAGCAAAAGCAUAUAUUCAGAUCCAUAUUAUCCUCAUACUUCUGAAAAUUCAACUUGCCUUUUGCUUCUUUGUAUUAUUUUAUUCGUCGUUGCCUUAACAUCCUACUUGCUUAAACCGCUUGGCCUCCCUUUGUUAUCUAAGAUGUUCGGAGGUCUAUUUGUGAUUGGACUAUUAUACUCAAAAAAUAUCCUUCAAUUCCAAUCCUUACUCCAUCCAACAAUCACUCAUAUACUAAGAACCUUCUCCUAUUUAGCAUUCAUAUUCUAUUCAUUUAGUCUAGGAGUGGAAACCAACAUCGGUGCCUUAUUCAAAAAAGUGAGCCUAAAAACAUCAAUCAUAAGUAUUACAAGUCUAAUAGCUUCUUUAGGACUUAGUUACAUAGGAUUCAAACUCAUGAACCUAACACAACAAAAAGAUGGACUAACUAGAAUGAUGAUCCUUAACGCACAAAACUUUUUCAUGGUUACAUGCAACCACGUAAACGAAAUAGGCAUAAGUAACACUGAAUUAGGUCGUUUAGCUUGCGCGAUUUCUCUGCUCCUCGAUUUUUUUGGCUUCAUCUAUACUUUUAUCGUAUUCAAUGUCAUGAUGCCUAUACGUGAUGGAGAUAUUUGGCAUCCGAUCUCAGUUUCAGGAACUUAUAUUAUAAUGUUCGCAGUUUGUAGACCGUUAGUAAUCCAUCUUACAAGUUUUACACUCGAAGAAAGUAAUGUUAAAGGGACUAAUUUCUUAACAAUUAUGAUGAUUGUUCUUGGGUUAUCUUUUCUUACUAUACAAGCUCGGCAACCUCUAGCAAUUUUCUUAUUUGGGUUCUUUUUACCACAAGAGCCAUUAGCCUCGAUUUUGGCAGAUAAAUUAGAUGCUAUAACUUCUUAUGUUUUCUUCCCAAUAUUUUGUGCAAUGCAUGGGUUAGAAGCUGAAUUUAAUUCUAUUAAUAGCAAGUCUAUUUCAUUGGAGAUGUUUAUAUUGUUAGGGAAUGUUGGCAAGUUUUUUGGAACUCUUGUUCCUUCUAUGUUAUAUGGUGUUCCUCUUUGGACUGCUCUUUCCCUUUCUAUCAUCUUGACUUGUGGUGGCUUGCUUAAUAUUGUUAUGAUGGGCCAGUUUCGUAGUGAGGGGAUAUUGACAGGAGAACAAUACACAGUAAUAUCAGUCCACACUCUAAUCUGCACAGGAGCUUUCUUACCUCUAAUAAGGUACAUGUAUGAACCAUCAACUCAUUACUCAACAAUCAUAAGACAGGGCGUUCUUACAGCAGCACAAACAGGCACAUUACAAGUCUUAGCCUGCGUUUACAAAGAUGAAAAUCUACCAGGAAUUUUACGCCUCUUAGAAUCCUUCCACCCUACACACGAAAAACCGAUACCAAUCUUCGCCCUACAACUCAUCAACCUCGCCACUGACCGUGUCUCCCUCCCUGUCCUCGCCCCGUUCCAUAAACUCCAAUCCUGCAGUACAUUUGUCUUAUAUCUUACUCGUUGCAAUCGUAUCGUUACAUCCACACUAGCCUUAGAGCGCAGGACACAUGGUGCAGCUCGACUACAACACUAUAUAUCCUUGUCCUCAUACACGGUUAUGCACAAUGAUAUAUGUAAUCUAGCCCAUGAAAAGGGUGUAAAUCUUAUUAUUGUACCAUUUCAUGUGCAACACACGAACGAAUUCCUACAAGGAUGGACUCAACACUCAAGUCAGUCUAUAAGAGACGUCAAUAAAUUAGUACUAGAUAAAUCCCCGUGCAGUGUUGGUAUAAUAAUUGAUCGAGGUGAUCCUAAUGUUACCCACCUAAAAAACUUGUACCAGGUUGCAAUUUUUUUCAUAGGAGGGAAAGAUGAUCAUGAAGCUCUUGCAUAUACAACAAUUUUUAUUAAUCAUCCAAGCAUUCGGUUGACAGUUAUAUGGUUGAAGCAUAGGAUAUCUGAAGGUAACAAGUGUGAAGAUUAUGAAGUAAUUCAAGAUUUUCAUGAUAGAUGUAAUGAUAAUGAAAGGGUUACAUUUCAAGAAAUGAUAGUUAGGGAUGGUGCAGAAACAACUGAAAUGGUUGUAAGUAUGAAAGAUGAUAUUGAUUUAGCUGUAGUUGGGAAGUACCAUGAGCCAAUGUGUGCUCCAUUGUUUGGGCUUUCGGAAAGGUGGUGUGAGUAUCCGGAGUUAGGGAUUUUUGGUGAUAUGUUGGUAACUCCUGAUUUCGAUUUUUCGGUUUUGGUUGUGCAACAAGAACCUCAUAGGACUAAAAAAAGUGAAGAAGAAGAAGAUAAUGAUGAUUGA